AUGCACACGGUCUUGACCACGACAACGGUGACUCCUUCUUCAUUCGCCGUACGACAAUGGCGUAGGUUCUCAUCACAAGUACGAUCCAUGCACUUGAAACGACAAAAAUCAACCUCUUCACGUAAAUCGGAAGCAUCCAGCAAGUCGAGUAAAUCCGUACGCUUUGAACUUGUGGAGGAUGUGUAUUAUACCCACAGCCCAUCCGAAUAUGACAGAUCACCUGCAACCGAAAAUACCGCACGUCCUGUUCUUGGUCAACUCUUUUUCAUUGAUGAGAAGGAUGAUAAUGAUAAAGCGCUUGUACGCAACACCAACAAUAAUCGGCAUCGAAGUUUUCAAUCCGCUGUGAUUCACCUUGCGCUGCGCGCAUGGCGAUGA